AUGGAAAAGAGCGACAAAUCCGACGCAGACAGAAAGUCUGACCUCCCUCCCCCCACCACCGCAAGAGAAACGGGCAAAUACUCCAUCCACCCAUUCUUCUACGUCACAGUCUGGAUCGCCUUCUCCUCCUCCGUAAUCCUCUUCAACAAAUAUAUUCUCUCGACCCUCUCCUUCCCCUUCCCCAUAACCCUAACCGCCCUCCAUCUCCUCUUCGCAACCCUCGCAACCCGUCUCCUCGCCCACUCCACCUCCCUCCUUGACUCCCGUCACGACACAGCCAUGGAUUGGACACAGUGGUCGCGGCGUGUGCUUCCGAUUGGAGUGGCAUUUACGGCGUCCCUCAUUUUCUCGAAUCAGGCGUAUUUGUGGUUAUCUGUUUCGUUCAUUCAGAUGUUGAAGGCUACUACGCCUGUUGUCGUUCUCCUCACUUCCUGGGGAUUCGGGAUGACGCACCCAUCUCUCCGGGUCCUGCUCAAUGUCCUGGUCAUCGUGUUAGGGGUCAUCAUCGCCUCAUACGGCGAAAUCCAUUUUGUCACGCUCGGUGUGUGUUUUCAGGCUCUUGGGAUCGUGUUUGAGGCUGUGCGGUUGGUGAUGGUACAACGCCUCCUCAGCGGACACAAAAUGGAUCCAAUGGUGAGCUUGUACCACUUUGCCCCCGUCUGCGCAUCCUUUCUCACCGCUAUCGCAUUCUACCUCGAAAUCCCCCACAUCACCCUCGAAGACAUAAAUCGCGUCGGUGUACGGCUCUUAUUGUUUACCGCCGCGGUGGCAUUCAUGCUAAACCUCUCCGUCGUAUUCCUCAUCGGCCGGACAUCGAGUUUGGUCCUCACUCUUUCGGGCGUGGUGAAAGAUAUCCUCCUCGUCACUGCCUCAUUCGUCAUGUUCGGCGAUCCAAUCACGCCGACCCAACUCUUCGGCUACUCCAUCGCGCUCGGCGGGUUGAUGUGGUACAAGAUGGGAAUGGGGGAGGUACAGCAAAUUCUUGACAGGAUGAGGAGGAAAGUUGGGUCUUGA